AAAAAGGUGUAAAAAUGGCGGAAAAAGUGAAAAAGAAGCAGUCUUUCUUCCUGAACUUCAAAAGGUUUAACAGUCAAAAAGGGGAGGAGGCUGGGCUACCAAGUACUCCACAAAUACAAAGUGCGCCUCCGAUGUAUAGGCCAACGAGCCAGAUUACAUCCCGACAUAACAAUUCAGCUUCAUCAGAUAAUAUGAAACCCAGAAAAUUAUCUGGUGGAAUCAAAGACUUAAUUCAAUGCGCACUGUGCCUUGAAAUUCUCUCAAAUCCGAAGAUGUUGCCGUGCCAGCAUACUUUCUGCGGUGCCUGUCUUAAAAUCUAUGUUGCAGAUCUUUUAAUAAUCAACUGCCCCAUCUGCCGUACGCGAAUUCAAGUGCAAAAUGUGAACUUUGUGGAUGGACUUCCAUCGAAUCUGUAUAUAGACACAUUGCUGGCCAUGGUUGGUGGUACUGAGGAUCAGAAGCAGCUCGAAACUCCCGCAGCGCUGAUGAAUAAUACCUUACAGAGUGUAGAGUUAUUUGCUUCUGGAGUCAGAUGUUCGCACUGCCGAACGAUAUGCGAUAAUAUGGAAAUUUCAAACUGCGAACAUUGCAAAUCGAACUUCUGCAAAGUUUGCUGGCUACAGCAUUUAGAGGAUAUGCGAACUCAAAUUGGAUCUAUUUUGAAAGAGCUGGACUCGGCUGCUAGUCGGCUUGAUCAUAAAGUUGAACAUUAUGAGGACAGAUUUGAUCGUAUAGUUGAACAGAUAAACACGUCAGCAGAAGAGAAGAUCAACGCUAUCCUUGAAGCGAAAAUGGAGUUGCUAAGAGAAGCAUCUGAGCUGCAUAAGCUAGGUGAUAUGACGGCGUUAGCGUUGAAAUCUUCUUUGGCGGAGGCUUGCGAAGUAGCCAAACGAGCUAUGACGAUCAGGGACAAAAUUGAUGACGAGCAGGUGAUGACAUUCAUAAAUUUACACACAAACACCUUACAACUUUUAACCGAAGUCUCCAAAUGGGACGCCGAAAAGUAUACUUUCGACAAAGAAAAUUUCCGCAUAGAAUCUGACUCCAGCACACCCUAUGACGCCGAGUCAGAUGAUCCUUUGCCCGAAGCAGCGAAGCAAAAUAAUCCUAUGGAGAACGAAGCAAGUUUAACUCUGCACUAUAGAUCCCGCAACUUUAUACCACAUUACAUAUGGCGGAAAACCUCCCGGCCGUCCGGAGUAGGCAUCAGUCCAUGGAAUAACCACCUCUACAUCUGUGGCAUGGACAGUCAUAGCGUCCUGGUUGUGGAACGCUCGCAAGCCAAGAUUGUCACGAGACUAUCCUGCGACGAGAUGCUGUGUCCAGUCCAAAUCGCCUUUAUGAAGAGUUUAGGGGAGAUUUAUGUGACAGAUAAAUGGAAGCACUGUAUUCACGUGUUCUCAAGAGAGGGCGAGUACCUUCGCUCAAUAGGGCAGAAGGGCAGCCGGGUCGGAAUGUUUCGAUCUCCCGAGGGCAUAGCGACUGACAACGCGCAACAUCAUAUUUACGUCGUUGAUACUGGGAAUGAUAGGGUUCAGGUAAUACAGUCUGAUGGGAAAUUCGUCGACCAAUACGGUGUGGCGACCAAACAGCAAGCAAUGCACACCGCUAGCGUUUGGGAGACCAAAGAAAUACUAUGCACUGAAUUCAAUGGACCCACUGCUGUCGCAGUUACAAACGAUAGAGUAAUCAUCCUCGACAGCGGCAACAGGCGGGUCAAAGUUUACAAUAAACAGGAUAAGAGUAAAAUCAUCGAGUUUGGGUCGUUGGGCCAAAGGAAGGGGCAAUUCAGACAACCGGAAUGCUUGGCAGUCGAUCCCAUGGGAUACAUCUUAGUGGGGGAUUCAGGAAAUUGUCGAGUACAAGUUUUUAAACAUAACGGUCAGUUGGUGAGGGUGUUUGGAAGACUGGGCAGUGAACCAGGGAAAUUUGGUUGGAUUUCUGGUAUAUAUGUGACUAAAGAAUUAGAUAUCAUUGUUAGCGAUACGAAGAAUCACAGCGUUAAUUUCUUUUAGAGAGUUUAGCAAACAGAUAAAAGGUAAGUUAAGGUGUUUGGGGGGCCGCUUUUUCAAUGUUAAAUAAAUCAUCUGCGGAAAAAAACUAUCGCACCGUCACAUUUAUCCAACAUCCUCAAUUAAGGAUUAUCUGGCUAUUGACAAAUCUAACCUAAAACUACUGACUAACAUUUCAAAGUAUUACGGGAAGAUGUCACUAAUACAGUGUAAUACCAAAUUUCUUAACUAAAUAGCCAGGUCUUAACGUUACGUUAAUCUCUAAAAUGAGAGAUUAAAACUUUACAGCACUACUUAAUGACUUUCAUUUUAGAGAUGGUUCCACAGACAACAAUAAAAAUGAUAGCUCUAAUUUUGUUUCUUUUCAGUUUAGAUAUUUUUAGUACUAAACUGGCAGGUGAAAAAAUAAUGCCUACUAAUCUUUUUCACAAGAGACAUUGUAAAAAUCAGCACACUAAAUUUAAAAUCCACACAAAAAUAGUAAUAACCCUUUCAAAAGUAAAAAUCAUGCAAAACAGCACCAAUUUUAGACCUGUCAAUUUAGUAUAAUAUUAGUGUUUUAGCCGAAUUACCAUUAUUGUUAAAGGUACCUAUAACAUCUUCUCUGAUCGA